AUGGAUAGAAUAUUACAAGAAUUCAAUAAACUCAUGGAAAAUCCUAUCAAAGGAAUCGAAAUUAACCUAGGUCAAGACAUGCUGCACUGGAAUGGUCUAUUAAUUGGUCCUCCAGAAACUCCUUUUGAAGGUGGAAACUUCCGCUUUGAUAUAAUUUUCCCUUCCAAUUUCCCAGUAUCUCCCCCUGAGUUUUUCUUCCGUACAAGGAUUUAUCAUCCAAAUGUGAAUUCUGAGGGUAAAGUAUGCUCCGAAAUAUUAAGCGUUGCUUGGAGACCUGGAAUAUCAAUGAGAGCUGUCCUUUGUGCUAUUUGCCAUUUACUAGCUGAGCCGUGCCCUGAGCAAGGAUACGUUAAUGAUGCAUGCAAUACUAUGAGAGCCAAUGUAUCAGCUUAUGAAAGAGAGGCAAAGCGAUAUACGGCUGAUUUUGCUAAAUAA